GUCCUGCCGGCAGUAGCUUCCCUCCUCCCCACUGCCCGGAGGAGAUGUGAUUGGGGGAGUGGGCGGGGUUCGCCUUCUCAUCCACCCGGGAGGUCGGAGAGGAAGGAGCGUGCGUGGACGUCCGCAGCACAUGCCUUAAAAAUGGCUUCGAGGGGAACAAUCGAGACCAGCAAGUUGAAGCAGAACUUGGAAGAGCAGCUGGACAGGCUGAUGCAACAGCUGCAGGAUCUGGAGGAGUGCAGAGAUGAACUGGAUGCCAGUGAAUACGAAGAAACCAAGAAGGAGACCCUCGAGCAGCUGAGCGAGUUCAACGAUUCCUUGAAAAAAAUUAUCUCUGGCAAUAUGACCUUGGUAGAUGAGCUGGGUGGGAUGCAGCUGGCUAUACAAGCAGCCAUUAGCCAGGCUUUUAAAACUCCAGAAGUCAUCAGGAUGUUUGCCAAAAAACAGCCUGGGCAGUUGCGGACAAGAUUGGCUGAGAUGGACAGAGACCUGAUAGUGGGGAAACUGGGACGAGACCUCUACACUCAGCAGAAGGUGGAAAUCCUCAUGGCACUCCGGAAGCUGGGAGAACAGUUGACCCCCAAUGAUGAAGCUUUCCUAUCAACGAACGCAGGAACUGCCCUCAACCAGUUUGAGAAGGUCUCGACUGAUCUCGGAUCUGGGGAUAAAGUCUUCGCCCUGGCAAGCUUUGAGGUAGAAAAAUCAAAGCAAUGAAGACUCUUCUUUUUUUUCUUUUUUUUUUUUUGAGACUAGAUGCAUUGGACUUUUUUUUAAUCACGUUGCAUUUGUGUGUUUCUUACCAACCUUUUGUAAUAUUUGUUAUUCUAACAGUGAGUUGAUCUAAAACAAA